AUGGCGACCACAUCACAGAACCUGUGCGCCCUGACCCGCCGAGAUGACGUAGGGAACCUGAGUAAUUUAUGCCGCUGCCUCAACGUUAAAGACACACAGCCUGCCACAAAGAGCCUCCUAAAUCACGAGGAUGCACGAAAAGGAGGCUUCUUCUUCGAAGUAGGCGCCUUCAACGGGGAGGAAUUGUCAAACACGCUCUUCCAUGAACGGGAGCUCGGCUGGACGGGAGCCCUCAUGGAGCCCUCGCCCAGCUACCUCGCCCUCAAGAGCAAGAACAGAAGAGCGCACAUCAUGCGGGCGUGCGUCGCCCCCGACACCACCUACAGUGAACUCGACCUAGAUGUGGGUAAAAUAUAUGCAGAGAUGUACUCACUUGUUAAUGCCAAGAAGGCACAAAAAUCGGCGAGAGUUCCGUGCUAUCCUUUCUACAGCGUCCUGACCGCGCUGGGCAACCCUGUGGUGGACUUCAUGACACUCGACGUCGAGGGCGUCGAAAUGAAGGUGCUGAGGAGCAUCCCUUGGAAUGACGUGAAGAUCAGAGUGAUCACCGUCGAGAUCAUCUGGGCUCCUGAAGGUCCUGAAGGCAUCAGGAAGUUCAUGGAAGCCAGAGGCUUCGAGUUCAUUGAGAAACUCGACUACCACUAUCUUUUCUUUGACAAAAAACUAAGUCAUGGUUUGAACAGGAAAGUCAAAGUGUGA